AUGUGCGGGCCCCAGGCCGCCAUGCUUCUGGACGCCGACUGCCGCUUGAGCGUGCACCAAACCAGCAGCCACCCAACACCCGCAGCAGCGGCAGGCGCAGGCGCCGCCAUGGCCAACUUUUUGGGGCAGCCCUACAUGGGGCCUGCCUCUGUGCCACAUGCCAACCCGGAUUUCUUCAAGGUUUACUUUGCGGGGGCGCACCUGGCCGUGGCGAUGCUGACCGUCAACGGCCGCUUCCUGGGCACCGAAGUGCGGCCUCGCAAGUUCAACCGCGACUACAUCCUGUCCUGCUGCGACGAGGCGGCGCGGCGGCGCGAGGCGCUGCGCGGCCGCACGCCGCGCACCUGGGUCAAGGGCCGCCCGCUCCUGACCGACCACAGCUGGGAGCGCAUGUUCAACUCCCACCUGCACUGGAAGCGCUGGGCGCAGGAGCGCAUGGUGGUGCUCGGUGGGCUUUACCACCUGAAUGACGACUGUGCCACCCCUGGGCGCCUGUUCCUGUUCCCGCUCUUUGAGCAGCCACUCGCAUCUGAACCCUUUGCCCUGGAGCACUUGCAGCGGGCCAGCAGCACGCCGGCGAAUUUCACCCCCUGGGCUGGAAUGCUGUGCGGCCCCUGCCUGAGCCCCUGCAGCCAGCACUGGCGGGCAGGCUCGGGCGUCUCGCGCAUCCUGGGCGCGGGAGAGCGGGUCGCCGUGGGGCUGGAGGAUGGAGGCACGCUGCUGUUCAGCGAGCACGACUUGGGCGCCCCCCUGUCGGAGCUUCCAGCCGGCGCAGGUCGCUGCUCAGCGGCGGCCUGCACGCCCGAUGGGGGCACGCUGCUGCUGGGCGUGGGAGCCCAACUGCGCGCCGUGGCGCUCGCCGGCGGCCCCAACCCUUCCCCAGAACCACUGGACCUUGGAGGCGAACAACCAGACGCUCCAGUAGCCUGCAUCGCCUGCCAGGAGCACGCAAACGUCUUCGCAAUUGCUCGCGGCAGCUGCGUGCACGUGCUGGAUGGGACAUUACAAGAGCAGCGGCGCAUAGGGCCGCUGCCGGCGGCGGUGCAGCAGCUAGCGUGGGCGGGCGACACGCUCAUAGCGGCCACGCCCGGCGCGCUGCACACCUGGACGCACAGCGGUGCGCUGGACGGCCCCACGCUGCCCAGCCCCUCUCCAGAUGCGCGGUUCCUAUGCGUGGCAGCCUCCCCGCAGCCCGCCCUCCUGGCAGCCAGCUGCGACGAGAAGGAGGUGCGCUGCUGGGACCUGGCCUCCCUGCUUUCCUCCCGCGACGGCGAGCCGCUGCGCCUGCGCGAGUUUGACUCGCCGGUCACAUGCAUGGCCUGGCACCCCUCGGGCCAGUACCUGGCCACCGCCGACGGCGCAGACUGCACAGUCUGGGACCUUGCUGACGCGGCCGGCGCCGAGCGCGCCUGCAGCAUCGAGUGCUGCGGCCACGAGCCGCGCACCGUCAUCACAGCCAUGGCGUUCCAGCCCGACGGACCGCUGCUGGCCACCGCCAGCGGCAGCGGCAAGGUGGCUCUGUUUGACUGCCAGCAGUUCCGCCGCGGCGGCGUGCUGGCCCCCGCCGCCUUCACCCGCCUCGACCAGGCGGCAGAUGCGGUGACGGCCCUGCACUGGCUGCCCUGCGGGCGCCUGGUUGUUGGCGAUGCCGGCGGGCGCCUGGUGUGCCUGCAGCUCAUGGCGGCGGUGCCUGCCGAGGCUGCGGCGGCGCCGCAGCAGCAGCGGGCCGCAACAGCGGCGCCGCCGCCGCGGCCGCGGCCGCGGCGGCCGAGGGCGGCGGGGCUGGCGGCCCUGCAGGCUUCUCCGCCUCUCUCAUGCACCACAUCCAAGCAAUCAGAGAGAACCCGCCGCAGGCCGGCGGCCGCUCAGACCAGCAGCCGCAGCUGGCGGGAUGGGGCCUGGGUGCGCUCUCCCUCCGGGGCGCACGUCCCCUGGAUGAUGGUGGGCGCCGCGGGGCUGGGCAUGGCGCCAGGUGGCGGCGGGACCGCCGCCGCCGGUUUCGCCCAGUACCAGGCGCAGCCGGGCAUGAUGCAGCACAUGGGCAUGGCGGUGCAGCCCCCCGCCGGCAUCCCUGCCGGCUACAUGGCUGCGCCGGCGGGCGGCCCACAGGGCGCCCCCACCGGCGCAUACCCUCCCGCCAUGUAUGCAGCGGCGGGCGGCAUGGCGCCGCAGCCGCUGAUGGCGGGGCAGUGGAUGCCUUACAUGCAGCAGAUGCAGCAGUGGGCGGGCACCGCGCCCGGCUACAUGAUGUACCAGCACCCGCAGUAUGCCGGUACCGCGCCGGUACCGGGCGGCGGCGUGGAGAGGAAGAGAAAGGGCUGUGCUUGCAACUUCAUGCCACACGGCCGAUAUGACCCUGGCCCAUACUGA